CUAUUAACGGUUCAUUGCUUCAUAUGUAUGGCUCAUCGCCGUUCUGUUUUUCUUUAACCAGCGAAUUGUAAGAUGGAAAUUAUAAAAGGUAAAAGAGAAGGAACUAUAAAGUAUAUACAUGAAGGUUAUACUUAUCAUUUAGAUAAACGUAAUAAUAUUUAUCGUUGCGCUAAUCGAAGAUUAGCAAAAUGUAACGCUUGUUUAAUGAAGAAAAAUGAUAAUUUUAUUAUCAAACAUUCUCACAAUCAUGAAGAGAAUCCACAACUCAUCGAUAUUAUAAAGAUGAAAAAUGACAUGUUAGAUAUGUCAAAAGAAACUGGUUUGCGACCAAAAGAAAUAUUUGAUUUUGUUUGUCGAAGUAAUCCACUUGUGGGUUCACAUAUACGUAUUCAUCAAUGAGAACAAUUCUACAUCGAACAAGAAUGAGUUCUUUUCCUCCUAUACCAAAUUCUAUGGAAAAAUUAAAAGAUUGUUUGCUCAAUUAUGAGUCAUUAAAAGAUACAUAUAAAGGAUAUGUUACAUCUACUAAUAAUGAAAUGGCCAUUAUC